ACUGCUCAGUUGUUUGGAGGAUUUUGAUGCUGACGGAUCGUUCCCAGGAACGCCGCUGUCCUUUAGCGUCUUUUCUUAAAAAUUUUGGGUAGCGUCUUGACUAUUCGACUAUUCAUCUCGAGGUUAAAGGAAUUUCCUGUGGACCUUGUGGGAGGAUACUGUUUGACUGCAGGCCAACACAGUGCCCCACGCUUUGCCAUGAGACCGGUGUUGUCGUGAACGCCCAUGCAUCGCUUUCCUCACAUCGUUCCGAUGGACCCUCAGGUGUGUCCGCCUCCUCUGAGCAGCAGCCAGUCCGUGAUCGGUGGCCUGGAGAAAUCCCCAGCCAGCGUGUUCAAACCCGGGCACUCGCGUAGCAGCAGCACCGGCUCCUCCAAACAAUCGAAGCAGUCUCGUCACUGGGAGGUGAUGGACGACUUGCAGCGCCGGGAUGUGUACUCUUACCCGGGCUCCUCUCCGGACCUCAGCAUCCCUGGGAUCUGUGAAGGCUACCUGAUGAAGAAGAGGAAGUAUCCACUCAAAGGCUGGCACAAGAGAUACUUCGUGUUGGAGAAAGGGAUUCUCAAGUACUCGAAGACGCAGCAAGAUAUUCAGAGAGGGAAGCUCCAUGGCUCACUGGAUGUCAGUUUGGCUGUCAUGUCCAUCAAUAAGAAGACCAAAGGCAUAGACCUUGACGCUGGGGACAACAUCUACCACCUCAAGGCAAAGAGCCAUGACAUUUUCUACAUCUGGUUGACAAAGCUGUGUGCACAUCGUGUAUUCAGGAAAAAUGAGGCGAUGAGUGUCCAUCGUGGUGUCCUUCACGCUCUCUCCUUAGCCCCGAGCACCAUGCAGGCCGCGGCCACGCUCUCUCAGACCACGAGCGCAACGCCCGCUCACUAUGCUAGCUCGGCGUCGGUGUAUAAUCCAGAGAUGGGAAGCCCCGCCCCCACAGUCUCCUCCCACCAAGGGGUGACCAGCAAGGUGUCUGCGUGGCUGCAGCAGACCCACGACAUCGACGGCACCUCAAACGACUUGGCGCGCUGUCAGGGGGAGCUGGCAGAGCUGGCCCUGCUCAUCCAGCGGCUCCAUUGGUUGGAGGGGGGCCUGCCCAUCACAAACACCGACCUGGAGAUGCGAAUCAGCAUGCAGAAUCUGACCCUGGAGAAACCAAAGAAGAAAGUAGGGAAAGUGUUCGGCCACUCCAGGACUUUGUCCCGUGUUGAAGCCAUGGGGGGAAUGUUCACUUCUAGCCACCUGAGCACCAGCAACUCUGGUAUGGGGGCCUCCGUUAAGUCCAUCCCUGACCACGUCUACACUCAACUGUCCAACCCUCAGGGGACCUCGCCAGAGGCCCAAAAGCUCCACCAGGACAUCUGCACUUCUUCUCAGAAGAUUCACUCGUCUCUCAAGUCAAUCCAUGAGGUUUUGACCUUGGAAAGGGAGAGACUGAGGCAGGCCUGGACCGGCCCGGACCUGAGGCACAACGCGUCGCAGCAGCUCGCGACACUCUGCAGCACAAUGUCUGAGCUUGACCUACAGUCCCGUCUGACCAAAGUCCAUUCGGUUUCACUAUCCUCUGAGUCUACCGAGGAAUCCUUCUGCACCGUCCGUCCUGACCAGAGGACACCGUCCCUGAGCCGCCACAGCCAUCGCGCGCCCUCUGUGGCGGAGUCCAUGGCCGAGUAUUUCGACGCCAGCGAGGUGAUCACGUGCGAGAGUUCAUCAGAGGCUGAGGCGUCAGACGAGUCGGGCCUGAGCGAUGUCACCACAACCAGCAACUCUGAGCCAGAGGAGGGACACGCCACUGCCACACUCAACUAUCGUGCAAGUUUGAACAAUGUUCCUGAAACACCCACCCCGGCGCCCACCAAUACCGGUCGUCGCACUGUCCUCCCCGCGUCAGGGACGGACAACAGCCACAUUGGCAUCAUGAGCAUCCUGUACAACAACAUCGGCAAGGACCUGUCCAGAAUCUCCAUGCCGGUGGCACUAAACGAGCCGCUGUCCCUGCUGCAGAGACUCACCGAAGAGCUGGAGUACUCGGAGCUGCUGGACAUCGCCAACCACAUUGACGACCCGUAUGAGAGAAUGGUGUACGUGGCAGUGUUCUCCAUCUCUGGAUAUGCCUGGGCGUCCUGGAGGAAUCGCUACAAACCCUUCAACCCUGUUCUGGGAGAAACGUACGAGAGUGACCGACGAGACCGUGGCUUCCGCUACAUCAGUGAGCAGGUCAGCCAUCACCCGCCUGUCUCUGCCUGCCAUGCUGAGUCUGAAAACUUCUCUUUCUGGCAAGAUCAGAGAUGGAAGAAUAAGUUCUGGGGGAAGUCCAUGGAGAUGCUCUCAUCUGGACUGGUCAAUGUCUCUCUACCCAAGUACGGUGACCACUAUGAGUGGAACAAGGCAGUGACAUGUAUCCACAACGUGCUGAGUCAGGAGCGCUGGUUGGAGCACUAUGGCGAGGUGGUCAUCAAAAACAACAACAGUGAUGACUGCACAUGCAAGAUCACCUUUGUCAAGUCUCGUUACUGGAGCUCAGACAGCAAUAAGAACGAGGUGCAGGGGGUGGUCCUGGAUCGGGCUGGAGAGGUGGUUCAUCGGUUUGGGGGCCUCUGGCAUGAAGGCAUUUUCUGUGAUACUCUGUCUACACCAAAGUGCAUCUGGAAACCCAACGUGCAGCCUGAUGACUACCACCAGUUCUACGGCUUCUCCCAAUACGCCAGGGAACUAAACGAGCUGACACCCGAGCUGGAGGCAGUUCUCCCGACCACAGACACCCGCUUCAGACCAGACCAGAGGCUCUUGGAGUUGGGGAAGGUGGCAGAAGCGGAUAAAAAGAAGGAUGAGGUGGAGGAGAAGCAGAGGGAGAGGAGGAAGGAGAUGACCAAGAGGGGGGAGGAGCACAAGCCCAGGUUCUUCAGGAAAUCUGAGGACCAGGCUGGCAGAGAGGUUUGGGUGACCAACGGAACCUACUAUAAGCUCCGCAAAGAACCGGGCUUCAAAAAGACUACUGAUCUGGACCUGUGGUAGAACACGGCCUAAUGCUGAGGAACCAAACUAAAAACAUUGUCAUUUAAUGAAGAGGAAAAAUAGGCCCCUUCAAAAGUAACCGUUGUUUCCUCGUUUAGUCUGAUUUCUAUGCUGUAGUGACUCGCGUCAAAGACCCGAGGGGUCUGCUGCUACCACCACAAUGUGGAGAAGGCCGCUUGGGCCAAAUGAAUCACGCAUCGGGUGUUCUGUAGCAUGUCGAGGUGAGAUGCUACUAUGGAACAGAUGAAGACUGAUUUAGGUGAAGCUUCUUGGCUGUGCUGUGAUGGGGUCCCAUAACUAUGACCAAUCACGGCUUAAAAGCAAAUCUCAGUUUUAAACUUCUUGACAAAAUCGUUGUCAGGACUUGAGGCUUUUCUCUGUAUGUAAUGUUUUGUGUCGUUGCGGGUUUCAGAUGUUAUACUUUGUCAGUUGUAUAUUAUCUUUCUGUUUCUUUUGAGUUAUGUGGAUUUUUAUGAAAUCAAAAGAAUGAAGCCUCAGAAGCUUGCUUCCUGCGGAGGGAUCCAGAGCACAUGGAGAGCUAAUCCGGGCCUUGUGUGUUACAGGUGAACUGGUGCUGUCCUGCUUUUGUUCUCAGUGGGUCUUUGUGUAUAAGCUCUGUAUUAUCUCUUCUGAUGUUUUAAUAUGGACACAUUGGUGAUGUGUUGUUCCCGUUAGCUUAGCCUUCUUCCCCUCUCCAGCGAUUUAUUGUCCUUAGAGAGCCGGCCGAUGACUGCUCCCCUCCAACCUUUGUGCCCUGUUGAUGCAGUGAAGUAGUGUUACUGAUUAUUUUAACAAUGGCUUUUAAGAAGUAAAAUAGACUACUGUUAAACCCUAACCCAUUAAAUGUAUUUUAUUCAUGAUUUUGUUUACAAUAAAAAGCUUCCAUAUUCAG